AUGGAGCUGGCGAUGGAGAACCUGGGCAGCCUGCACGGAGUCCCGCACUCGCAGCCCGCCGAGCUGCUGAGCCCCGCGCACGGGCGGCAGAGCUCGCACCGCAACCUGGUGCCGCACGGCCGGCCCGCCAUGGUCUCGGGCAUGGCCUCCAUCCUGGAGGGGGGCGACUACCGCGGCGAGCACAGCCUGGGAGCCCCGCUGCACCCCGCCAUGAGCAUGUCCUGCGAGUCGCCCUCCGGCAUGAGCCUGAGCAGCACCUACACCACGCUGACUCCCCUGCAGCACCUGCCGCCCAUCUCGACCGUCUCGGAGAAGUUCCACCACCCGCACCACCACCACCACCACCACCACCCGCACCAGCGCCUGGCCGGCAACGUCAGCGGUAGCUUCACCCUCAUGCGCGACGAGCGGAGCUUGGCCUCCAUGGGCAACCUCUACAGCCACUAUCCCAAGGACAUGCCGGCCAUGGGGCAGCCCCUGUCGCCGCUGCCCAACGGGCUGGGCAGCCUCCACAACGCCCAGCAGCCGCUGGCCCCCUACGGCCCCGCCGGCCACUUGCCCAACGAGAAGAUGCUCUCGCCCAACGGCUUCGACUCGCACGCCGCGAUGCUGUCCCGGGGCGAGGAGCACCUGGCGCGGGGGCUGGCGGCGCCCAGCUCGGCCAUGAUGCCGCCGCUGAACGGGAUGCACCCGCACGGCCACCCGCACGGGCAGCCCGGAGCCUCGCUGCUGGGCGAGCGGGAGCGCCCGGCGCCCGGCCCCGGCUCCCAGCCCGGCGGCUCCGGGCAGGUGGAGGAGAUCAACACCAAGGAGGUGGCCCAGCGGAUCACGGCCGAGCUGAAGCGGUACAGCAUCCCGCAGGCCAUCUUCGCGCAGAGGAUCUUGUGCCGCUCCCAGGGGACCCUCUCGGACCUGCUGCGGAACCCCAAGCCCUGGAGUAAGCUCAAGUCCGGCCGGGAGACUUUCCGCAGGAUGUGGAAAUGGUUGCAGGAGCCGGAAUUUCAGAGGAUGUCGGCGCUCAGACUGGCAGCUUGCAAACGCAAGGAGCAGGAGCAGCAGAAGGACCGGAGCCUGCAGCCCAAGAAGCAGCGCCUGGUCUUCACGGACCUGCAGCGCCGCACCCUGAUCGCCAUCUUCAAGGAGAACAAGCGCCCGUCCAAGGAGAUGCAGAUGACCAUCUCCCAGCAGCUGGGUCUGGAGCUCAACACCGUCAGCAACUUCUUCAUGAACGCCCGCCGGCGGUGCAUGAACCGCUGGCAGGAGGAGCCAGGCGCCAACCCCGGGGUCCCCUCGUCGUCUACAAGCACUUUCUCCAAAGCAUGAUGUCCCCCUGCCCUCCCUGCCCCUUCCUGGAUGUCCCCUGUCUCAUGACAAAGCCAACCCCAGACUCACACGCAUGGCCCGAUCGGGGUGGGUGCCUUUGGGGUGGGUUUGCUAGCCUCCCAAACCCUCAGCUGGGUGUCACCCAUGGACGUGGGCCUCGGGCCACCUCCUGCUGCCACCUCCUGCUGCCACCUCCUGCCAGCUUGUGGAGCAGGGACAGAGUUGGUGACCAGGUCAGCUCCGUCUCCGGGAGGGCUCAGAGGAAACCCAUGGGUGGUGUGGGAUGGAGGGAGGAGCAAGGCUGUGUUUGGAAGGAAGCAUCCCUGGUCCUCGGGGAUCACAGAGCCGCGUCUCCCCGUGCCCGUGGAGGUUUCUGGGGAGAGGAGCCCAUCCUGACCUCCCACCCCGAUCUCUGUCACAGCCAUCCUUGUGGCUCCCACAGGGGAGGGGUAGAGGUGAGGGUGACACAAGAAGUGGUGUCACAGGCUGGGCUCUGGCACAGCCCCACUGCACCAGGGCCAGACCUGCCGUGGUUCAAAGGGGACUGAGCAGGGGAAGUGCUCUCGGCAUGCCUGGAGGGCUCCCGGGCUCCUGCCAGGUCUCUGAUUGCUGGAGGUUUUCCCCUGCUGAGGUUCAGUGGGUUCCCCAAGGCAGCCAGACCCUCUGUGCCAUCGCCACAUGGUACUUCUGUUCCUUGAGGGUUUUGGGAACCUGGCUGAGGACAUCCCUGUACCCCCCAUUCCCUCUAUGGGCAUCCUCCUCUGAUCCCCUCGGACACCCCCAGGAGCACCCACACCCCAGGCCCCUCACAGCCCCCCACCCACGAGAGCACCCCGGUCCCAGAUCCCUCCCAGAGAAGCUCCAGGUGAAGGAAUCCCCUCCUGCCUCCACGGACCCGAGCACCCCCACGCUGAGGGGACCCCCACUGCUCCGCGCUGCCUGGCGCCCCAGCAGGUCAAAGAAGCACAUUUUAGCUACAGAAAUCGGGUAUUUAAAAUAACAAUUGUUGGAAAGGAGACGAGAGGAGAGACUCGGAGCGAAGGAUCUGAUCUUUCCUGGUGACUGGCUCCACAUUUCACCUCUGGAUUUCUGGUUCACUUUUCGGCUGAGGAAUGGACACAGACCAAGCGGAUUUGUUGGCUUUGCCUCUCGCCCCAUCCACCUCUCGACACACACUCUUGCCCCCUCCCAUCCCUCCUCUUCAUCUCUGUUACCAAAGAAAUUACAAAACCAAAAACGCAACAACGACGACAACCAAAAAAAAUUUCCCUCCUGGGAACCAACAUUGGUGCACGGUGGGAAAAGAAAAAUCCGAGGGAUCUGGUGGCAAAAUCCAGCCCUGGGUGUGAGAAGGGGAAAAACUCCCCGACGAGAUUGAAAGGGGAAAGAAAACAAACCCUCCCCCCCAAAAAAAAAGGAAUACCAACAGAAACCACAACCAAACAAGCUCAACAAAGACCGGCAACUUACCAAAAAGACACCAGAUUUUUUUUUUUUUGUGCCAAUUAACAACCUGCCUUAAACGCGAAUUUCUGGAGCAAUGGUACUUAGCUUCAAAGGGAUUGUUUCCUCCGAGCUCUCGAUGGUGACUUGUGCCAUAUGAAAAAGCAAUCACGAGGCCAAACCCUUACAAUCAGCCCUCUCCCAGCCCCCCGAGGGCUCCUUGCAGCCCGGGAUGUCCUCGGGAGGAGCCCCGGGAGGAGCAGGAGGUGCCGCUGGGGACAGGGAAGGGCUGGGAGAGGCUUGGGGAGGAAGAGGGAGGCAAGGUCCCCUUCUUCCCCCACCAGUUGGGGAAAAAAAAAUCCUCCAAAACCAACCAUCAACCAAAAAAAAAAAAAAAAAAGGGACACUCUUGAAUUUAUGCGGGUAAAAAGUACCAUCUGUGUUCUAUGGUUUCUUCGAUUCACUUUACUUUGAGAGUGAUCAGUUGUGUCACAGGAAGGCACCUUGUUGAAAAGAAGGAAAAGAAAAGAAAAGAAAAGAAAAGGGUAUGUGUUCACAAAAAAAAAAAAACAAAACCAAAAAAAAAAAAACCACCAAAAAACAAGCACCCCAAGAAAAAGGAGAAAAUAAAGGACAAAAGAAUGAAGAAAGAAAAAAGCCCUGCACACGAAGCCCUGAGCAGGCAGGGUCAGAGGACGUCUUGAACCAAAGAGCUCCUGGGGUAGGUGGGCGGUGGAGGGCUGGGGGUGUCAGGCUGGACACGGUGACACCAAACUGACCAACACCCUGCUGGACAGAGGGCGGGAGAGAGGGUGGAGAGAGGGCAGAGCGGGAAGGGCAGGUGCCACAGCGUGUUUUGCCAACCAGAACCCAAAACCUAAUGGGAAUCUCAUCCCCCCCAGGACCCCGCUCCCCGCCACUGAUUUUUUUCCCCUAAUGUUGUUUCUUCGUCUUGUCGUGACGUGGUGAUGAUGGUGGUGGAUUCCUGAACCCCAUCGAGUAGUAUUCAAGGGCUGCAAAGCCAGGAAGGGGGCCUUGGUUUGGGAAGUGAAAAACACAACGGGAAAAAAACAAAAAACAAAAAACCAAAAAAGGGAAAAAAAGGAAAAGAAAGAAAAAGAAAAAAAAAAAAAAGAAAAGAAAAAAAAAGAGUAAAUGCCACAGGCCCUCAAGGAUGCAAAGACAUUUCUAGUGAGAACCCGAGACUAAAGGCUACCUCACUUGAGUUUUCAAUUUUUGUGAUUUGAAAAUCACGUCUGAUACCAAAGAUUUUGUUGCCUUGUCUGGUCUGUGCUGGAAACGCCACUUUCCCUGCUCCCCGUGGCCAGGCUGGCCCAGAGAGCCCCUGGCCACCCCCAGCCCCAGCCCCAGCCCCAGCCCUGUCUCCAGAGUCCCCAGAGAGCGAGGGAGGAGGCGAGCGAGCGGCUCCGGGAUGGCAGCGUGGUAGAUGAGUGCCUUUUUCUUGUACCAAAGGUGUGUGGCCAUUUCUUUGCUCCUCUGCUUUGAUCCUAAAGACUCAGUGUGACCUCAGCUCUCCGCAGGGACAGAGUCCCAGGGCUCUCGUAGUCUCUGGGUGUUGGGAUGAAGGAAAGAAAACCCAACCCUUGUCCUAAUUGAAGAGAAAACAUCCCCCAGGCUGAGGGAAAGGUGCUGGUGCCCCAGCAUGUCCCCACUCUCAGAUGUCCCUGUGUCCCCCAAGCUGGUCCCCAGGGUCCCUCCAUGCAGCCCCUCCUGCCCCAGGAGCACAGACCUGUGUCCAGGGGCGCUGCUCCCAGGGAAGGGCUUUGCUCCGUGUCCUUCUCCAGCCUCAGUGCUGGACCCUGCAGAAGCCCACGAGGUGACAAAGUUGAGUUUCCUCACGAGGUGACAAAGUUGAGUUUCCUUGCGAGGUGACAAAGUUGAGUUUCCUCAUGAGGUGACAAAGUUGAGUUUCCUCAACUUCGGGUGUUUUUGCUUCACUCAGCUCAGAUCUGAUCUUCAGUUCCCACUUUUGGUAGCACAGUUUGUGGCAUUUCUGUUUGGAAAGAUGAAGGCAGGAGCAGUGGGAGCCUCACCCUGAGCUUUCUCCAAACUCUUCCCUUAGGGAAGGGGUUGGAGCAGUGAAUCCUUCCAGCAGGAGCUGUUUCCAAGUCCCCCAGGCGCUUGGCUCACUGGGGAGGAGCUGUGCAGCCAGGUCUGCUCCAUCCUGCCCCUGGGCUUCAGCAGAAGGCGGCAGGAGGACCUGCCAGCUGCAGUCUCCAGAAUGCCCAGCUUAGGGCAAACUUGGCUUGAAUUGUACCUGCCUGGGUCAGGCCCUGGCCAAGGCGACUCCGUUGAGUUGGACCAGACUUGCCCAGGGCCAGCCCUGCUGUGAUUCCUGGGGCUGUCCUGUGCAGGACCAGGAGCUGGACGUGGUGAUCCUUGGGGGGUCCCCCAAGAUAUUCCAGGAUUCCAACAGCCCUGGUGAGAGCAACCCCGUUGGGGUUCCCCAUCCUGCUGGGCAGCCUGAGAGGGCCCCAUCACCUCCCUGUCGCCUCCCUGUCACCUCCCUGUCCCCCCUGCCCACCUCCACACUAUUGCCUUGGCCAGGGCUUGCCCGCCCUCCUGGCCACGCCACCCCCUUGUCCCCAGUCCCCACCUGGCUUGUGAUACCAAAGACGUUCUCUGCGCAGGAGAAAGCCUUCAUUGCCACCCAGCACAGACCUUACAAGCCUUUGACAAUGUUCUCUGAAAUACCUCAAAAUAUUUAAUGUAUAGUUUAUGUGAUAAAAAAAAAAAUUACUUAGCUAGUUUUUGGAAUUUGUGACUUGAAGCUUUAUACUGUUAAAUUAUAAUUUUGCAGAAGACGGCAUGUUCUUAUUUCUUUGAUGCGUUCAAUGGGAGACAUAUUGAAUGUUAAGGAAAUGAAAGCUGGAUAGUUUCACGAUUAAAAAAAAGAGAGAGAAAGAGAGAGAGAGAGAAAGAGAGAGAGAAAGAUUAAAAAAAGGACCCUUGGAGUUUACAGAUUUCAUAUUUAAACAAGUCCUUUUAAAAAAAAAAAA